AUUUACCUCAGAGAGCGAGUCUUCUGGCGGAGACAAACACCGUCGAAAUCCACCGAGAGGACCCCGAGGAAGAGCUUGGCAUGCGGAUAGUGGGUGGCAAAGACACCCCUCUCGGGAACAUCGUUGUGCAGGAGAUAUUUCAGGAUUCCGUGGUGGCUGCCGAUGGAAAACUCGCACCUGGAGACCACAUCCUAGAGGUGAAUGGCGUGAACAUCAGCAGCGUGACCCACUGCCAAGCCAUCGCACUCUUGCGCCAACCCUGUGAUGCGCUCCAUUUCCUAGUGCUCCAAGAGAAGGGCUUUACCAACCGGACGGCUCCGCCGGUUGUGAACCAGGAAGUGGUCCACGUUAUCCUCGUCAAAAGAGACCGAUCCGAACCCCUCGGCAUUAAACUGAUCAGAAAAACGGACGUGCCUGGGAUCUUUAUUCUGGACCUGUUGGACGGAGGGUUGGCAGCCAAGAAUGGGAAGCUGCGUCAGAACGACAAAGUCCUGUCUAUAAACGGUCAGGAUCUACGCCAAGGAACCCCGGAAGCAGCUGCGCAGAUAAUCCAGGUCAGUUUGAAAGACUGUCCAGGCAGUCAGGAUUCCAGAAAUCGCUCUAAUUAAAUCAUAAUUCUUGAGCUA